UCUUUCAACUGGACACAUGAAGGAACAGUUAUUGGAUCAUCAUUUUCUGUGAAAUCUAAACAGUAGUGAAAACACUUUUGCUUUCUUAUUUUUUGGGUAGUAAAGUCUGUCAUCAUUCUGUUAAUCAGGAUCGACCGUUUGGUGAGACAGACUAACCGACAAACUCGCCCUUUGGUGCGUAAGGAUAAGUACACACCUUCCAACCAAUAAAACGCCCAGUAGGCGAAACAAAAGCGCAAGUCGUGCCCUCCUAGCCGACCAGUAGUGCUUGGUGAAGUUUUCAGCACCACGAACCAGAGAACAGAGACAGUCACAGACGCGGGCGACAAUAGUAUAACCAUGGAGCCAUCCACUGCCCCCGGUGCUGAACCGGCUGAUUUCGAGUUGUACUCGGUGAUUCCAUCCAAUGUCACCUACCCGGACGACGAGAUGGGGUUCGAGCCCAAGGGAGGAAACUACACCCAUCAGCUCCCGGUUCAGAGCGCCUCCAAUAUUAUAGUAGCCAUCUCCAUCACGGCGCUCUACUCCGUUAUCUGCGUUGUGGGAUUGCUCGGGAAUGUCCUUGUGAUGUACGGUGUGGUGAGAUACACCAAGAUGAAGACAUCCACCAACAUCUACAUCUUUAACCUGGCUCUAGCGGAUGCCCUAGCCACUAGCACAUUGCCCUUCCAGAGCGCCAAGUACCUGAUGGGGACCUGGGCGUUCGGAGAGGUCCUCUGUAAGGUGGUCAUCGCCAUUGACUACUACAACAUGUUCACCAGCAUCUUCACCCUGACCAUGAUGUCUGUGGACCGCUACAUCGCUGUGUGCCACCCAGUGAGAGCCCUGGAGUUCAGGACGCCUGCCAAGGGUAAGAUCAUCAACGUUCUGAUCUGGGUUCUGUCCUCUGCCAUCGGAGUGCCCAUCAUGGUCAUGGCUGUGACCAAAACGACAGACAGUGGUCAGACUAUGUGCACGCUGAAGUUCCCCGACCCUGACUGGUACUGGGACACGGUCACUAAGAUCUGCGUGUUCAUCUUUGCCUUCAUCGUCCCUGUCAUGGUCAUCACCAUCUGCUAUGGUCUGAUGAUACUGCGUCUGCGCAGCGUCCGCCUGCUCUCCGGCUCUAAGGAGAAGGAUCGCAACAUGCGCCGCAUCACCCGCAUGGUACUCGUGAUCGUCGCAGCCUUCAUCAUCUGCUGGACACCCAUCCACAUCUUCAUCAUCAUCAAGACCCUGGUGGAGAUCAACUCUACGAACCCCUACGUGAAAGCCAGUUGGCACCUCUGCAUUGCGCUGGGCUACAUGAACAGUAGUCUCAACCCUGUUCUCUACGCUUUCCUGGACGAGAACUUCAAGAGGUGCUUCCGGGACUUCUGCCUGCCCUGCCGGACCCGCGUGGAACGCAACUCCCUCAACAGGGGUCGGAACGCCAACAGGGAGCCCGUGUCCGUCUGCACUCCGACUGUAGCUGGGAAGGAAAGGAAGCCUGUAUGACUAGGCAUGGACCAGAUCCCUUGUGGUUCUGGUUCUCAAUCCAGGAGGGCCCAGCACGACUUGCAGUCUGAGGUCACCCAGAUCUCCACAACAGAGUUCUGACAGGAUAAGCAUUGAUUUGAGUUGAGUUGUCAGUAAAGAGGGGUCCAAACCACACCAUAGGUUUUUUUUUGGACCACAUAAUUGAUAUUCCUCCCAGUGAGAUUUAGGAAUGUUCUUUAUUGUUGCUCAGAAGAAGACAGAUUCAAUGUUUCACCAUAAAUCGUUUUCCGCUAUCCAGAGACAAUCUGUGACGGUGCCAGAGCUUUUGAGUAGCGCAUUUCUGGUUUGUGACAAAUGGAUGUCUGGCUGCAGAGAGAAUACACAGGAUGUUGUCAAGGACAGUGGUCCAAAGAAUGCCACAUGGUUUCAUCAAUUAGUCGUCCUUGUUUGUGACUGUUUGUGCAGAUGACAAGCUGCACAAAUAUGGGACUGGGGAUGUUGUUAAAAUAUAGGCAACAGGGUAAGGGAAACCACCAAAUGAGUAGACACAGUGCAAUCUCCAACUAUUCAGACCCCUUUUCUACAAUUUGUUACGUUACUGCCUUAUUCCAAAAUGUAUACAAUUACAGCCU